AUGAGCUUUGAUCGGCAAGAAACCCCCUCUUCCAAAUCCCUGUACCCCGCUGAACGAAUAGACGUUAUGCCCUCUGAUACAGCGAAGCUCGCCGAAUGCGAGUUCUAUCUCAUAUCCGAGAUGAACUCGUAUCUUAUAGUCCAUCACCCAUACCGUACGCUACAGGACCUUACACCUGUCAUGAAUUUGACGACUGAGGAAAACAAUAUGUCCUGGCAGGUUAUCAAUGAUUCCUGCUUGACCGACCUGCCGCUGUUGUAUCCCCCACACAUCAUUGCACUUACUGCAAUAUUCUUGUCUGUAGUACUGAAGCCCUCGCUGUCUCAAGCCAGUCUACAUGCUGCCGCAACAUCUGCAGCCGCUGCUGCGGUUGUGGCGGCAAAUUCUGGUAACGGCAGUGGGAGUAAUGGCAACGGCAGCCUUGGUGCGAGCGGUCAGGGACCACAGAGUCGCAUCGGAAAAAUAAUAGAGUGGUAUGCUGAAUCGAAGGUGGACAUGGAGGCCAUUAUAGAUUGCACCCAGGAGAUCAUAUCUCUAUAUGAGGCCUGGGAGUCGUUUACUGCAACUGCGGAGAAGAACUGCAAAGACCAGCUUACUCGGAUGAUUAAGGCAAUAGGAAUGUCGUAG